AUGAACCGCUUUGCUACAUCGCGGCCGAAAGGCAACUCGACAGAUGUCAAUGUCAAUGAGAAGACGUCUGGAGCAAGCCCAACGGGUCAUAGCCAUGAGAUCUCUGUCCAGUCGAAUUCGAGAACGAGAGUGCGAAAAGUCUUCUCGCAUGCUCAAAUCUUCUUCUUCGCCCUGACAUUCAUGAAUAGCUGGGAGGCUAUAGGCACCAACGUCGGAGUUGCGUUCUACAACGGAGGACCACGAGCCUUGGUCUGGGGCUUCUUCAUUGUCAUACCAGGAACACUAUGUCAGGUCGCGUCCAUAUCCGAGAUGGCCUCCGUCCAGCCCAUCGCUGGAGCUCAAUAUGUCUGGACACACUACUACGCACCCAAAAACUUCCAACGGCCGAUCACUUGGGUCCAGGGCUGGAUCACAUGGUUCUCGUGGAUUGCUAUAACCGCAGGCACGGCCAACGUUAUCGGUAAUAUCAUCACCACGCUCGUCACGGUCUCGUAUCCUGAUUACGUUGCAAAAUCGUGGCAUACACUCCUGAUCAUGUACUCGAUCCUGAUGAUCCUCGCUCUGCUCAAUCAAUUCGCAUUCUGGCUGAUUCCAUGGAUCGAAAUGGCAGCCGGACUCCUGCACAUUAUCCUCUUCAUCGUCUUCGCUUCCGUCCUAGCCACCCUCGGUCAGCGGCACUCCUCCGACUUCGUCUUCUUCAGCAAGUCAAACCUAUCAGGCUGGAACAACGACUUCGUAUCCUUUAAUCUAGGCAUCAUCCUUAUCACAUGGGGCUUCGUUGGCUUCGACGGCGCAAUCCACAUGUCCGAAGAAGUCCGCAAAGCCCGCCACGCCGUGCCCCGCGCCAUGUUCCUCUCUAUCUGCCUCAACAGUGGCCUCGCCUUCGCGAUGACCAUCAUCUACCUCUACUUCUUGGGUCCAGUCGAAGACGUCCUCGCAGCCUACUAUGGCCUCGUCCCCAUCGUUAUUAACGCCACGGGGUCCGUCCAAGCUGGCUCCGCUAUGAUCGGCUGCUUUAUGAUUACUGUGCUAGCCGUCAUGCUGGGGUGCAUCGCGUCUAGCUCGAGGCUGACGUGGGCGUGGUCGAGGGAUGGAGCGCUGCCGCAGUGGUUUGGGUAUGUGGAUAGUAAAUACCGCGUGCCGGUGCGGAGUUUGUGGGUGAGUGUGUUGAUUGUUGCGAUUCUUUUACUCCUGAAUCUUGCGAGCGCGGUCGCGAUCGGGGUGGUUAUCUCUCUUGGCACAUUCGGGCUGUUCCAGUCGUACUUCAUCGCUAUCGGCUGCAUGUUAUGGGGGUACCCGAUCAAUAUUGCGGCAAUGAUCUAUACUGCGUGGGUGGGCACGUUUACUGUGUUUCCGAAUUAUCUGCCGAUCACGAGCGAGUACAUGAACUAUGCGCUGCCAAUCAACGUCGGCGUGUGGAUCUUUGCCGGGGUAACGUGGUUUGCAUGGGCGAGGAAGAACUGGAGGGGGCUGAAUAUGGAGGUUUUUGAUGCGGUGCUUGCGGACGCGGAUCGGGCUACUAAGGAUUGA